AUGCUCAAGGUAGUUGUACUUAAACAUCAUAUCCUUGCAUUUCAAAUAAUAGUUAAGAUGGAUGUAUGGUUAAGCCCACAAGUUGUUCAUAGUUAGUUCAGUAAAAUUGUAAAGAUGGAUCGAGAUCUAAUGGUGAUUGUUAUUGGAAUGGAUCUAAUUGUGUUGAAAAGACAUGUACUAAUAUAAUAUUAACAACACAUAAUGAUUGCUAUAAUAUAUUCAAUUAAUGUACCGUCAAUGAUGAUGGCACAGCAUGUAUACCAUUAGCUUCUGCUUGCACUUCAUAUCAAAUUUAAUAGAAUUGUAAAAUUACAUCUACAUAAGAGAAUUGUUAUUGGACAGGAACAGUUUGUAGAAAUGCAAUUUUGUGAUGACACUCCAGAUUCUGAUCUAUUUGAUUCAGAUGAAGAAUGUCUUAAAUAUCAAACUCAGAAUGAAACAUGUACAAUAAUUGCAAAAGUGGGAUCUUAAGGAUGUGUACAAAAAUAACCGGUUUGUUCAAAUUACAAGACUUCCAGUUAAUGUCACAAGACUUUAUCAAAUUUAAAUGCUUAAGAUGAUUGUAAAUGGAUUAAUGGAAUAUGUUAUUCAUUAUCAACUUUUGCAACAGGACCUUGUUCUACGUUUAAAGGAACAUAAGAUAUAUGCAAAGCUUAUAGAUAAGGAUGCACAAAUGUAGCUAAUGCUAGCACUUCAACUGCAUGUACAUUAGAUUGUACUUUAAAAAUUGGAAGUGGAUUGACAUUCUAAGAUUGCUAAAAUGUAGACCCAACUUGUUCGGUUAAAAAGGAUGGUAGUGGUUGUAUUGUAAUUUAAUCUACAUGUGCAGGAUAUGGUACAACAGAUGUAAAUUGUUAUAAAUCUAAUGCAACUGGAACACAAGCAAAUUGUAUCAUGAAUAAAGCCACACCACCAAGUUGUUAAUCAGUGAGUUCAGCAUCUGAUUGUGCACUUGUAAGUGGAUCAGGACUUGAUCAUGCUAAAUGCUAAGCAUUUAAUAUUGCAUGUACAUCUUUAGGUAAAGGAAAUGGGUGUUAAGAAUUUAAAGCAAAUUGCACUGCUUAUACUGGUAAUACUGAUAAUUGCACAGUCUCUUAAUAAGGUAAAUGUUAUAUAAAUGAUCUAAAUGGUUCUGAUUGUAUGCGUUUUUCUAAUUGUUUUUCAAUUACUGGAACAAACCUUACUCAUUAAAUCUGUAAUUCCUAGAACACUGAUUGUACAGUAAAUAAAUAAAAAACAGCAUGUUAAGAUAGAAGAGCUACAUGUGAUUUAUACCCAUCACAAGAAUAAUGCACAAUAUCUGCAGCUGCCUUAAAAGCAAGUUAAUGUGUUUGGAGUGGAACAGCCUGUCUUGCUGUUACAGUAGUUGCUACUCAUUGUUCAUACAUAACUGGAACUUACUUGACAGAUUCAUUUUGUGCUACCUACAAUAAUAAUUGUACUGUAAAUUACGAAAAGACGGCCUGUUAGGAGAAAAAAGCUUCAUGUGGUUUAUAUUUAACGAAAAGUUCAUGCACUUUAUCAUUGGCAACUGGAUCAGCAGGAAAAUGCAUAUGGAAUAAUGGAAGUUGUGGUAUCAUGAUGUCACUUCUGACAAUUGCUGAAUCUAUAAAUAACUAUGAAAUGUCAAGUAAAAUUUGUGCAGAGUUCAAUCCAGCUUUUGCAGCAGCAUCAGAUGGAAAUAGCUGCUUUAUAAAAAAAGCUUAAUGUAGUAUGUACACAGAAGAAUCGUAUUGUACAACAUCCUCAGCAUCAGGUACAGCAGCAAAUUGUAUUUGGGAUGGUUCGCAUUGUUAAGCAUUUACAUCUGGUUUACUGUGCAAAUAUAUCAUAGGAAGUAAUAAGCUUGAUAGUUAUUGCCCUUCAAUUAAUCCAUUAUGUACAACAAAAUUAUAUAGAAGCAACUGUUAUGGAAAGAUGGCUAAUUGUUCAGAUUAUAAAGGUGAAGGUGAUUGCUAAUAAUCAUUAGCUUCUGGUACAGCAGGAUAUUGUAUAUGGACUGGUUCAAUUUGCACUUAUGUGACAAACCCUUCGAAUGAUUGUGGUUAUGCUAAAAUCUAUAUUGAAAAUCCAGAUUUAGUUUGUGCUAAUUAUCAUGCUUCUUGUAUUCCUUACUUUGGUGAAAGAGGAUGUCAAUAGAUUCAAUCAAAUUGUUCCUCAUACAAAACUAAAAAAGACUGUUAUUAAUCUUUGAAUGACGGUUAUUGUGCUUGGAUAAAUGAGGAUUGCAUAAUUUUAACAAGCCCGAGUCAAUGUGCUUUAGUUUCUGGUUCUGAUUUGACUGGUACUUAUUGCAAUGGAUUACAUAAAGAAUGCUGGGCAACUGCAAAGAAAGAUGGUUGCUAUUAGAUGAAAAAUACUUGUGCAGAAUACAAUAUGGCAGCAAAUAUUUGUGUUAGAAGUUUAAAUGAUGGAAAUGCUGGACUAUGUGCUUGGAACAAAACUAAUGGGUGUUAUAAAAUAACAUCUCCAAGUCAAUGCGAUUAUAUGGAUACAAUUUUGAUAGACACCUCUUUUAGAACAACAGAUGCCAUUUGCGCUAAUUUUAAUGCUGGCUGCGUUGCAAGUUUGGAGUUAAAUGGUUGUUAAGAAAUAUAAAAAAGUUGUUCAUUAUAUGUAGAUUCUUUUAAAUGUAUUAAAGCUGGAUGCAUCAUGAAAAAUGAAAAAUGCACCUCGGUAACAGAUCCUGCUACUGACUGUCAAUAUAUUCCGAAGUAACUUUUUAAUCUUUCUUGCGAAUCUUAUCAUAGUGGUUGCACAAGCAAUAAAUAUUAAUCUAGCUGUCAAGUAAAAAAAGCCAUUUGUGGGGAAUAUACAACAAAAGAAACUUGUGUAAGAUCAGCUGCUGAACCUCCUUUCGAUUGGUGUGUUUAUCUCAAUUCAAAUUGUGUUCCUGUAAGAGGAUUGUUAACUGAUUGUGCAGCCAUUACUGCAACUUCAGGUUUGAGUGAUUCCGAUUGCUCUGGGUAUAACUCUAUCUGCACAUCAAAUAAAGCUGGGACUGCUUGUUAAGAUAAAAAGAGCUUAUGUACAGAUUACCAAAAUUAGGAUUCAUGUACUGUUUCCUCAGGUUCUAAAUGCAUUUGGAAAUCUAGUUGUAUUUCUGUUAGUGAUCCAACUACUGACUGUGUAUAUGUAGUUGGUACAAAUUUAACUCAUGAUAUUUGUGUCUCUUAUAAUAAUAAAUGUACUGUAAAUAAAGCAGGAACCUCUUGUUAGGAAAUGAAAAACACUUGUGCAGAGUAUACAAAAAGUGACAAUUGCACUAGGUCGUAAGAUUCUGGACCACAAAGUAAUUGUGUCUGGCAUUCUAAAUGCUCUUCUGUCACCAAUACUUCUACAGAUUGUGUUUAUGUAACUGGUAGCAAUCUGACCAAAGAUAUAUGUGCUUUAUAUAAUCCUGAUUGCACAGUUAAUUAUUCAGGAACUGCUUGUUAGUAAAAGAAAUCCAGUUGUUCAGGUUAUACUUUGAAAGAAAAUUGUUCAGCAGAUUGCAUAUGGGAUGAAGCAUUAAAAUGCAUUUCUAUCUCAGAUCCUUCUACUUAAUGCAGCUUAGUGAAUGGAAAGACGGGACUCAACCUUGACAUGUGUAAAUUAUAUCAUAGUAAAUGUAUUAAUCUAUAGGAUGGUACUGGAUGUUAACACUCCUAGACAGAUUGUAAGAAUUAUACAACUUAGAAUUCAUGUGUUGCAUAGGCUGAUGAGACUUCCUGUUUAUGGUAUGAAAAUUCUUGCUACAAAAUAACAGGUACUACUUGUAAUACAAUUACUGGGGCUGAUCUGAAUCAUAAUAUAUGUUUCUCUUAUAACAAAGGCUGCACCUCAUUAAGUGAUGGCACUUCAUGUUAAGAUUAUAAGUCAACAUGCGAAUAGUAUUUAGGAACAACUGAAUCUUGUACUUAUUCUGUAAAUGGAAAAUGCUACCUCUAUAAUUCAAACACUUGUAUUACUAUUUUAAAUGUUUCUACCGAUUGUGCUAAGAUUACAGGUGUAUCAUUAACUUAUGAAAUUUGUUAAUCAUAUAAUUUGGGAUGCAGUGUUAAUAGAGCCAAAACUGCUUGUGUUUAAAAAGCAGCAUAAUGUUCUGGAUAUUCAACUGCAAUGACAGGUUGCUAUCAAGCAGGAGAAGGAUUAUGUAUUGCAUCCACUAGUAAUGAUUCAGCAUGUGUGCCU